GUUUCCUCUCCCCCUCUCCAAUCCCCUUACGCCAGAUCUGGCGAGAGAAGAUGGAGACGAGGGUGGGACUGAGUUGUGGACGACGCUCAGGAGAGGGUCGCAAGUUAAAUAAUGGCAGAGACAAGUCUGUUAGAUGCUGGGGCCUCUGCAGCCUCCACAGCUGCAGCGCUGGAGAACUUACAGGUGGAGGCGAGUUGCUCUGUGUGCCUGGAGUAUCUGAAGGAGCCUGUCAUCAUUGAGUGUGGACACAACUUCUGCAAAGCUUGCAUCACCCGUUGGUGGGAGGACCUAGAGAGGGACUUCCCUUGUCCUGUGUGUCGAAAAACAUCCCGCUACCGCAGUCUCCGACCUAAUCGACAACUAGGCAGUAUGGUGGAAAUUGCCAAGCAGCUCCAGGCUGUUAAGCGGAAGAUCCGAGAUGAAAGCCUCUGUCCCCAGCACCAUGAGGCCCUCAGCCUCUUUUGCUAUGAGGACCAGGAGGCUGUAUGUUUGAUAUGUGCAAUUUCCCACACCCACCGGGCCCACACCGUCGUGCCACUGGAUGAUGCCACACAGGAGUACAAGGAAAAAUUGCAGAAGUGCCUGGAGCCCCUGGAGCAGAAGCUGCAGGAGAUCACCCGCUGCAAGUCCUCUGAGGAGAAGAAGCCUGGAGAGCUCAAGAGACUAGUGGAAUGUCGCCGGCAACAGAUCUUAAAGGAAUUUGAAGAGCUUCAUAGGCGGCUGGAUGAAGAGCAGCAGAUGUUGCUUUCACGACUGGAGGAGGAGGAACAAGACAUUCUACAGCGCCUCCGAGAAAAUGCUGCUCACCUUGGAGACAAGCGCCGGGACCUGGCCCACUUGGCUGCUGAGGUGGAGGGCAAGUGCUUACAGUCAGGCUUCGAGAUGCUUAAGGAUGUCAAAAGUACCCUGGAAAAAUGUGAGAAGGUGAAGACCAUGGAGGUGACUUCAGUGUCUAUAGAGCUGGAAAAGAACUUCAGCAAUUUCCCCCGACAGUACUUUGCCCUAAGGAAAAUCCUUAAACAGCUAAUUGCGGAUGUGACCCUGGACCCAGAGACUGCUCACCCUAACCUAGUCCUGUCAGAAGAUCGUAAGAGCGUCAAGUUUGUGGAGACAAGACUCCGGGAUCUCCCUGACACACCACGGCGGUUCACCUUCUACCCUUGUGUCCUGGCUACUGAGGGCUUCACCUCAGGCCGACACUACUGGGAGGUGGAGGUGGGUGAUAAGACCCACUGGGCAGUGGGCGUGUGCCGGGACUCCGUGAGCCGAAAGGGCGAGCUGACUCCACUCCCUGAGACUGGCUACUGGCGGGUGCGGCUGUGGAAUGGGGACAAAUAUGCAGCCACCACCACGCCUUUUACCCCUUUGCACAUCAAGGUGAAACCCAAGCGGGUGGGCAUAUUCCUAGACUAUGAGGCCGGCACACUGUCUUUUUACAAUGUCACAGACCGCUCUCAUAUCUACACUUUUACUGAUACUUUUACUGAGAAACUUUGGCCCCUCUUCUAUCCAGGCAUCCGGGCUGGUCGGAAGAAUGCUGCACCACUUACCAUCAGGCCCCCAACAGAUUGGGAGUGACAGGUAGGGAUGUGGGAAUAAUUGGGGUGAGUCAGGGUCAAGAGCUAUGGGCCUUCCUUCCUGUGACCUGCUGGAACGUCUUCGUGUCUGCCUGGUUCCAGUCCUGCACUGUCUAGGAGAGGCAUCUUGGUUUCUAGAAUGGUUUAUAUGGAGGAGUAGAUAAGGACUGGUCUGGGAUGAGAGCACAGCUGUGUCUCCCUUCUGUCAGGGUGGGGAGCUAGUUCCCAGGGGUUGUCUCCCCUGAAGUCCAUCAGGUUUUUCUAUUGCACAUGGAUAGGUUGGGAAGGAAGGAGAGGCUUUUCCGGAAACAGAAAGUCUGUGGGAGGGUCUGACUUGCUCAAAACCAGAAGAGGAAACAGAAACCCCUGUACAUCCUUUUAGGGGGUUCUUUGACCCAGAAUGGUCUUAUUUCUUGAGGAAGAUCAGAGGGGUCUGUGUACCUCUAGACUAAAAUAAAGAUGAAUGAUAGUUGCUCUUAUGGGUCUAGAAGUUAAGGAGUUUUUUUUUGUUUGUUUGUUUGUUUUUGAGGGCAGAGAUUGAGCAUCAAGAUUAGAAAGAAAGUUGGGAAAGGGGCUAAAGGAACAGAUUCCUAGUGACCAAUGAAGGGGAAAGGGGUUUCUUUGGUCUUCCAUUCCCAGAGUAAGUUGCCAUUAUGAGUAGGAUUGGCCAGAGGUAGGAAUGUGGGGAGGAAAGUGUGAGAAGAAAGGAGAGGAGAAAUCGGGUCCCUCUCUCAGCCUUCAGCAAAGCUGGCUUAGUGCCUGCCUCCUUUGAGUUGGUUGUCUCUAAGAUGUCGGUCAGUCACCUUUCUCCUGCAGAGAUGAGGUACCAGAGACCCCUCAAGACACAUCUACCCUUUCACUGCUUUCCCAAGGGAACCUGGAAAGGACAGUCAGGUAUUAGAGGAAAGAGAAAGGUUUUUCUAUCCAAAGCCCUGGCCUUAAAGAAUGUUACUAAGUAGCUGCUCCCAAGUUGUCAGCCUUGUUCCUUGGCUAAGGUGUCCAAGCCAAAAAGGGAGAAAGGAAAUAGUCUUCCUCACCCUGAGGACAGGGUAGAAGAGAGGGUGUGUAGAGGGAAGGGUAAGAUAGGCAACUUCCUUUAGCCUGUGUGCAUAUGGCCUGGAACUAGUGUUCACAGGAGCCAGUCUUUUGCUUAUUUGUUGCCAUCCUUCACCUUUUGCCAUUUCCCCUAUCAGAGAAUGUAAAUCAUUUUAACAUUAGGCCAAAAUAAACAACUUGUAGGGUACAUAUGUUGUCAAAAAAGGUUAAAGCUAUGCAUGCCAAACCGAACUAAAAUGAUUUGGAAUAUCUGCUAUUUGGGUGAUCAGGGGUUCACAGAAGAUUGGGACAACAAACUGCAGUUUAUUGAGGGUGUUUCAAUUCCUCCUACCACCUCAACAGGACUUUGUCCAGACUCUCCUCUUACCUUUGUGCCUUGACUGUGGUUCUUUGUGGCAAGAUGCUUUGGUUGGUAAAACAAUAUGGAACAAAGGAUCCACUGAAGUGAUCUCUGUGUUGUGUGGUAAUUUGACGAUGGCCUUGUGUUGAUGUGUAAGAAUCACUGGUGUUAAGAAUGCAUGAUCCUGGGGUUUGCCCUCAGUGAUUAAUCAAGGUCUGGGGUGGGCCUGGAUGUCUACAUUUUAAACAUACUCCUCAUUUGAAUUUAGGGAUCCUUGUGAAAUUAAUCCCAGAGGAGGUUUUGGCCAUUUCUUCUGAGCUGGAGGCCUGGUUUCCUGCAUGGCCUGUUGGGGUUUGAGAAGGGAGAGAGGCCUUAUUCUCUCCUUAAUGCUACCCUUUCCCUGUCUCAAGGUUCAUUCAUGUUCUGCCGCUCCAGCUCACAUCCCUCUACUUCUGACUUCAGGAACUGGUGGUCAUUAACUAUGAGGCAGAAGUAAACACAGGAUGUCAAACAGAACAAACAGGAGACAGGUCAGAGUAAGGGAUGUGAAGUAUAUGAUUGGAAUAGGGGAGAUGGGGGAGGGGUGAGUUUCAGGAGCAGGAGAUGUCAAAAGUUUCUGUGCUCCAGUACCUAAGACUAGAAGUUAGCUAGGAUCACCUACUGUGUGUCCAGCACUGCAUAAUAAGAAGUGGGGUUUUUUUGUUGUUGUUUUUUUUUUUAGUAAGUGGAAAAGAAUGGGAAUAAGCUGUGC